AUGUCGAGCAAGCGGCACUCGAUCCUCCCUGCCAUCGACCGCAGCGGUCCCAAGCCACCCGUCAGCUUCUCGUCCUCGCUCACCAUCUCCGACAACGCCAUCCUCCAAGGCACCCAUUCCAUCACCAUGCAGUCCGAGACUGUGGUCCAUCCUCGCGCCAAGUUCGAGUCCCACCUGGGCAGCAUCCUCAUCGGUCGCCGUUGCAUCAUCCACGAGCGAGCCCACAUCGGAGCCCGCCCCGGCGACAUUGCCGCGGCGAAACCUGGAGGUGUCGUCUUCGGGGACUAUGUCGUCGUCGAGGUCGGGUCCAGAGUCGAGGCAGGCGAUACCGAGAUUGGCGAGGGGACCACGGUGCAAGUCGGUAGCAGAAUCGGCAGCGGGGCCAAGAUUGGAAAGCAUUGCACAAUCUCGCACAUGUCGACAAUACCACCGGGAGAGGUGGUCCCCGACUUCACCACCGUCUACUCAAAUGGCCUACGUCGAACAGAUAGGCGUGGCGUGUGCGAGUUGCGAAAGCACGGCCUGGUCAAGCAAAUCACGGUGCUGAAAAAGAUGAUACCCAGCAAUCCGGAAAAGUUCAAAUGA